AUGUGGCAGCGAGAGGGCGGGAGGCGAGCGGUGGGCGCCCGCCUGGUGCGGCUGUUGCUGGCGUUGGCCGCGGUGGCCGCCGAGUCUGCAGCCGGGAUUCCGCGCCGCUACACUCCGGACUGGCCGAGCCUGGACUCUCGGCCGCUCCCUGGCUGGUUCGAUGAGGCCAAGUUCGGGGUGUUCGUACACUGGGGCGUGUUCUCGGUGCCCGCCUGGGGCAGCGAGUGGUUCUGGUGGCACUGGCAAGGCGAGCGGCUGCCACAGUACCAGCGCUUCAUGCGCGACAACUACCCGCCCGGCUUCAGCUACGCCGACUUCGGGCCGCAGUUCACCGCGCGCUUCUUCGACCCGGACCGGUGGGCCGACCUCUUCCUCGCCGCGGGGGCCAAGUAUGUGGUCCUGACCACAAAGCAUCAUGAAGGCUUCACAAACUGGCCCAGCCCUGUGUCCUGGAACUGGAAUUCGAAGGAUGUGGGGCCCCACCGUGAUUUGGUGGGUGAGUUGGGAGCAGCUGUCCGGAAGAGGAACAUACGCUAUGGCCUCUACCACUCACUCUUAGAGUGGUUCCAUCCACUCUACCUACUUGACAAGAAAAAUGGCUUCAAAACUCAGCAUUUUGUCAGCGCAAAAACAAUGCCAGAGCUGUACGACCUGGUUAACAGCUACAAGCCUGAUCUGAUCUGGUCUGAUGGGGAGUGGGAGUGUCCUGACACUUACUGGAACUCCACAUCUUUCCUCUCCUGGCUCUACAAUGACAGCCCUGUCAAGGAUGAGGUGGUAGUCAACGACCGAUGGGGCCAGAACUGCUCCUGUCACCAUGGAGGAUACUACAACUGCCAGGAUAAAUACUCACCGCACAGCUUGCCUGAUCACAAGUGGGAGAUGUGCACCAGCGUCGACAGGAUGUCCUGGGGCUAUCGGCGCGACAUGACCAUGUCUGCCAUCGCAAGCGAGUUUGAAAUCAUUUCAGAACUGGUUCAAACAGUAAGUCUGGGAGGCAACUAUCUUCUCAACAUUGGACCAACUAAAGAUGGACUGAUUGUUCCUAUCUUCCAAGAAAGGCUUCUUGCUGUUGGCAGCUGGCUGCAAGUCAAUGGGGAGGCCAUCUAUGCCUCCAGACCGUGGAGGGAGCAGUACGAAAAGAACACGACGUCUGUAUGGUAUACCUCAAAAGAAUCAGCUGUUUAUGCCAUCUUUCUGCAUUGGCCAGACAAUGGAGUCUUAGUCCUUACAUACCCCAUAACUUCCUCAACCACAAAGGUAACGAUGCUGGGAAUAGAAGGAGAGUUGAAGUGGACCACGGAGUACUCUGUAGGGCUCCUCAUCUCUCUGCCCCAGCUGCCGCCCUCUGCUCUCCCGGUGAAGUUCGCCUGGACUGUAAAGCUGACCGACGUGAAGUGACGGCCAGGCUUCCAGAGAGGGACCCUGUUGCUGCGUGCUGCAUUGAUUUUUCUCUCAGCACCAUUAUGACAAUAAAGUAACUUCUCUUUCCUA